CUUAGUUUAUUAAGUUUAUUAAAUUUUAUUAUAAACGUUUUUCCAGCAAAGUGUAAUAUGGAUCUUUCAAAAAGAAUACCACCACGAGGAAAAGUUGCAUUUGAAAGUGCAACUAAAGGAAACCCGAAAGAGUCUCAGUCAAAAAUUCCAAAAAGAUUACCAUCUAGAAGUUUAUCUUUAUCAAGAAUAUCAGAUGUAAGAGGUUAUUCGUCUUUGGAGCCCUCUUCACAUAUGACUCGAUCAAAAACUACACUAACUACAACACCUCUUAAGAAGUACAAAUCUGCGAAACCACAGCAAUUAUUUCCUCCGCCAACACUUUCUGAAUUUCAUGACCGAUUAUUGUCAUCACCAACAAGCUCUAGAAAACAAUCAAGACAAGUGAGUGGAUCAGCAGUAAAGACUAACGCACAACGCUCUAAAGAUGUUGAUACUCGGCCAUUCGAUGAUAAAAAAUGGCAACAAUCCCAAUCACAAAAGAUUCAACAGUAUUUACAACGCAACGAAUGGAAAAAUGCUGAAGGAUAUUCAUUACGACCUUUAUCCAUAAACACCUUCAUUGAAAUAUGUAAUUUAUUAUUUACAAAAUUGGAUACGAAAUUGGUAAUAACGAAAGAAAAUUAUGUAGAAGAAUUACCAUUUAUUUUACGUUCAUUGGGCUAUCCGUCUUCCCAAAACCUUAAAAAAUCAUUAAUGAAAGCAGUAAAUAUUCCGAGAAAUUGGCCAAUGGCUGUUGGUAUAUUGAGUUGGAUUGUAGAACUAGUUGAAGGAUUUGAAUGCUUUGAUUAUGAAUCACAAAUUCCUAGCAAACAAAAGAUUAUGGCGAAUGCUCUUUUUGACUCAUAUCAAAUAUUAACUAAAAAUCCUGAUGGCGAUGUUGAAAUACCUAUAAAUCAUACUUACCAUCAGUUGAUUCAAUGUGAAAAUCUAACCGAUGAUGAUUUUAAUAAUGUGAAGAAACAAAUUGAAGAAAUAGAAAGAAAAUUGGAAAAUGUAGUCCAUGAAGAACAUAAAUUAUUGGAGACCCAAAAUGAUUAUGAAAAUAAGAAGCGUCAUAUCAGUAAGAUGGAACAAAAAGUUUUAGAACAGGAGGAUUUAAAACAGAGAAAAAUAAAUCAAAUUAAACAGUUAAAAAACGAUUUGAAUGAAACUGAAUAUAUUUUAAGUACUUUGUGCAAAGAAAAAGAAAGUUUAUUAAAAACUAUUAAAAGUCAAGGUGUGGAUAAAGAAGAAUACUUAGCAACAUUAAAUAAUUGCGAAGAGCUAGAACAAGAUAUUGCAAGUUUAAAUAAACUAAUAGAAAAUUUAAGAGAAUGUACUUAUGUGGAAGAAAUGAAAAUGAAACGGAAAUAUGAACGGGUUGUACGAUUAAGCGAGGAGUUCAAUAAGAAAUGUUUAUCAAAUAUUACAGAAUUAAAUUCUUUUGCAGUUUACAAUGUUACUUUGACGAAUCCAAACACUCACCAAGUUUUAUUAGACUUAAAAAACAAACUGAUGAAAACUUGGGAAGAACAAUUACAGGAAAGUGAAAAAUUAGAUUUAGAGGCAACUGAAAUUGCUGAAUUAAAUAAGAAAAUGGAGAAAUUAAAUAUUAUCGACAGUCAAGAAAUACCGAAACUUAAACAUGAAAAUGAAAUAUUGCGGGAAAAAAUUGAUAAAGCCAAAAAUAUGAUUCAAAAUUAUCAAAUUGAAACUGAAAGACAUAUAAAACAAUAUAAAGAGUGUGAAUCAAAAAUAGUUGAAGUGGAGAAUCUACAAAAGAAAAUGAUUUCAGAAUCGGAAAAAUUAUUUAAAAAAAUGGAAGAAGAGUAUUUUGCAUAUGGAUAUGCAGUUGUGGCACAUCUAGAAGAAAUAUAUGGUAAAUUGGAUGCGAGUGUCAAGAUGAUGAAAGAAGCUCUUAAUGAAAAAUAAUUACCUAAAAACCAAUUAAUUAAGAUUGAAUCAUUAAUACACACUUUCAAAUAUUUGGUGCUUUUCCGAAAAACGGGUAGAAUUACAAAAAAAAGUCUGGCUCCUGAUAUUACAGAGUUGAUAAUUAGUACAAUUAAACCAAAUAUCAAAAUGGAAAAAAUUAAUGUUUCUUUGAAAUUUUCCACAGUUCUUUGUUAGGUUGUAAACACUUCGUAAAAAAACUCAUAAAAAUUAUUAUUUUCAAUAAUAUUUGGGUUUUUUCACAUUUAUAAUGAUGUACAGGGAGUUUCAUAUAUUCUUGAGAGGAGCAUAAAUUUGUCUGCUAGCUUCCAUUCAGUGUUUCAUGUUUUACCACUAACCGGCGUAAAUAUGAUUAUUUUGAAUCAGAGUCAGAAUUAGAUAAGCAUUACGUGUUUGUAGUUUCUGAAUUUGAAGACGUUACAAUCAUUAUUCGAAUACUGAUAAUGAAAAUGGUUUUGGUAUUAUUAAACUACCACCAAUCAGUCUCAUGAAUAGGUGUAGGACUAGAUUGUUAAUUCAAAAUUUAUGUGAACAAAUUCUCAAUGGGAGGGGUUUUGACCCUCAAAACCCCUCUCAUGCAGACGGGACUGCAGAAAUUAGUUUGUUAAAAUUAUAUUAAGUGCACCAACUGGUAGAGCUGCUUUUGCCAUUGGUGGUUCGACCUUACAUUUUUUGUUUUUACUACCAGUCAAACAAUGUUCGAUUGAAAAAUGCGAU